AUGCAUCCUUCAAUACUGACACAAGACCAGAGCCCACACAGGGAAGUACCUUACAAGUGUAAUGAGUGUGGCAAAACCUUUCAUCAGGUCUCAAAUCUCAGGAGUCAUCAGAGAAUCCAUAUAGGAAAGAAAUUGCAUAAAUGUGAUGUAUGUGACAAGGUCUUUUGCCGAAAUUCAUACCUUGUAAUUCAUCGAAGAGUUCAUACUGGAGAGAAACCUUACAAGUGUAAUGAGUGUGGAAAGGUCUUUGAUAAGAAAGGAGGUCUUGCAGUUCACCAGAGAAUUCAUACUGGAGAGAAGCCUUACAAAUGCAAUGAGUGUGGCAAAACUUUUCCUAUCGGCUUAUACCUCAAAAGACAUCAGAUAACACACAUUCAAGAGAAAUUAUAUAAAUGUGAUAUAUGUGGCAAAGUCUAUCGUCAGAAUCUAUCCCUUCAACGUCAUCAGGGAAUUCAUACUGGAGAGAAAACUUACAAAUGUAGUUUUUGUGGGAAAACCUUUCUUUGUGGCACAGACCUCAGGAAACAUGAGAUAAUCCAUCCAGGAGCAAAAGCAUAUAAAUGUGAUGUAUGUGACAAAGUCUAUGGUCAAAAUUCAUACCUUAAAUAUCACCAGAGAAUUCAUACUGGAGAGAAACCUUACAAAUGUAAUUUGUGUGGGAAAACCUUUUUUUUUAAAACAGGCCUCAGGAAACAUGAGAUAAUCCAUACAGGAGCAAAACCAUAUAAAUGUGAUCAAACCCUUAGAAGGCAUCAACAAGUUCAUACUGGAGAAAAACCUUACAAAUGUAAUGAGUGUGGCAAGGCUUUUAGUAUGAAAGGAAACCUUGCAGCUCAUCAGCGAAUUCAUACUGAAGAAAAACCUUACAAAUGUAACAGCUGUGGCAAAGUCUUUCGUGAGAAGCCAGCUCUUAGAAGGCAUCAACGAAUUCAUACUGAAGAGAAACCUUACAAAUGUAAUGAGUGUGGCAAAGCCUUUCGUGAGAAGCAAGCCCUUAGAAGGCAUCAACGAAUUCAUACUGGAGAGAAACCUUACAAAUGUAAUGAGUGUGGCAGAGCCUUUCAUGAGAAGCCAGCCCUUAGAAGGCAUCAACGAAUUCAUACUGGAGAGAAACCUUACAAAUUUUCUUACGGAACCGGAAGUAGAGAGCUCGGCGUGGAGCUCGAGCUCCAGGAGCCCUCUCCCUGUAAAGCCCUCUUCCGCGAGGUGGAUUCGCGGCUGCGCAGCCUCGCCCCCUCGGCCCUUGGAGGGCAGCGCCGGCCGCCCCGCUCCCGGAGAGCUCGCGUCCUCUCCCCGGUCCUGGGAUUCUGGAGAGCCCGCCCCUCUCAUGAGACCCCCUCCCUCCCUCCCAGCCCCUCUGCCCUCGCGUCUCCUCAGGCCGGUCCUUCUGCUUCGCAGGCCUCCCCUUCGUAG